AUGGAGGAUGUUUCUAAAGCUGCAUCGCCACAGGGAAACGCGGAUGCUGAUACAAUAAGCGCAGUCGAGGGUUUAUUAGAUGAGGCUGACAAAACUGGCCAUGCUGUGACAAUUGGCACCGAAACGCCUACUGCCGACACCGCGCCAGAUCGUCACGCAUCUACACCUGUUCGUCAAACUGCACCAUUUGCACCCCCCUGCACUUCAGGCACCUCCGGGAUUAGGACUACUCACUUCUACAGUACAGCACAGCCAUACGCAUGUGGCGUUCCACAACCUAUAGAACUGCAAUGCAACCAAACUGCAGGUAUAACGGGAACACACAUUCCAUCGACCUCGUUCAAUGUCGUCCCUAACCUUGCUAACGUGAUGACAUUUCCGUAUACUUCGACUACGAACGGGAUGACGACCAUGCUGCCCAACUUAACCUCAAACAGCAAUACAGUCUCAGCUAUAUCUUCAUCUCAACCCUUUUCUGCAUAUACAUCAAUGCACAAUUUCCACAGUUUGCCAACAUCGGUUACUUCAGGAUUUUCACACCCAAAUGUUAACCCUAACCUAAAUAUGCCUUGUGGAGGGUAUCCGACCGUUACUAAUCCGUAUAGUUACUCUACGACAGCCGACCUAAAUUUGACUGCGGCACAUAUAGCUAGUCGUCAAGUGCUUUCGAAAGAUCUGCCAACCUUUACAGGUAGGCCUGAAGACUGGCCCGUAUUUAUUACUAACUAUGAGCAGUCUACCAUACGGUGCGGAUUCACGGACCAAGAAAACCUUAUUAGGUUGCAGAAAUGCUUGAAGGGCCAAGCAUUAGAGGCAGUUCGUGGUAGGCUUAUGGUGCCGUCUACGGUUGGAUUGGCCAUUAAUACACUCCGCAUGUUGUAUGGUAGACCAGACGUAAUUCACCAAGUAAUGAUGCGUAAGUUAAGGGAGGAACCAUCUGUAAAGCCAGACAAAUUAGAAACCUUAGUAACAUUUUCAUUAGCGGUACAAAAUUAUCGCGCUACAAUGCAGGCGGUAGGUCUAAACGAUUAUCUAAAUGAUCCAGUGCUAUUAAACGAGCUGGUAGCUAAACUGCCAUGUAACCAAAGGUUGAGUUGGGUCCAGCAAUGUAUGUCCCUGAGACGCGCUGACAUUGCUGCAUUCGAUGAUUGGCUUUUCGGUCUAGCCAUGUGCGCUAGCCAGGUCACUUCCAUCCAGACAUCAGCGAUAUCAUCGUGUAAUAGCAACGUCGAAGCAAAAAAGGAAAAUCGCGAAUCACUAAAGGGCAGAAUAAUGAUUCACGAUGUGGUUGCGAAAAAUAACGAGCAGAGUGAAAAGUCGAUAAAUUGCCUGAAAUGCGGUGCGAGCCAUACGCUGUCCGAUUGCUAUGAGUUGCGUGCCCUAUCGCAAAGUGACAGAUGGAAAUUUGUACGGGAAAAUAAACUCUGUUUACGCUGCUUCAAAAGUCAUUUUAUUCGUCGAUGUAAUUCGAAAAGGUGCUGUGGCGUAGAUGAUUGUAGAAUGGCUCACCAUCCACUGCUUCAUAAUGGAACUUCGUUGGCGAUUGGAAAACGACAACAAGCAACAUUAUACCACGAGUUGGGCACAGCUGCUGAUAAAGAAACGCAAAGGGCGCUUUUCAGGUAUGUGGAGGUUAUUUUACAUAGCGGUACCAAAGCAAUACGUACAUUCGCCCUUAUCGACGAAGGAGCCUCCUGUACGCUAAUUGAGUCUCAAUUGGCGAACGAGCUUGAUUUAGAUGGGCCAGUUGAAUCGUUAUGCUUGCGUUGGACGGGAGAAAUUACUCAAAAUGAGGCAAAUUCCAAAUUUGUCAAUCUUUACGUUUCACCGAUUACAUUACCCUCUCAAAAAUACAGGCUUCGAAACGUUCGAACCGUUGCUAAUCCACUACUUCCUCAGCAGUCGCUGUUCAGCUCUACGAUUAGUAAGCACGCACACAUUAAGGGAUUGCCGAUUCGACCCUAUAGUAAAGCAAGAGCGCGAAUUUUGAUAGGUUUGGACAACGCUAAAAUAGGAAUCCCUAUCGAAAUAAGAGAAGAUAGGGGAUCCGACCUUAUUGCCGCAAAGUGCCGACUAGGAUGGAGUGUAUAUGGGCGCGAUAAAACUAACUGCGUUGAACAACCGAGAAUAUUGCAUACCUGCGAAUGUGAUACAACCAGAGACGAUCGUAUGGACCAGCAACUGAAAACAUAUUUUUCUAUUGAUGCCAUCGGAUCAUAUGCACCAAUUAAACCGUUGAUAUCUAAAGAUGAUGAACGCGCUCUUCAAAUCAUGGAAAAGACCACGCGCUUUAUCUCCGCUGAAAAGAGAUGGAAAACCGGGUUACUUUGGAAGCACGAAGCUGUCGAGCUUCCCGAUUCGCUGCCUAUGGCAAUCCGGCGACUCUCGUGCUUAGAAAGUAAAAUGAAGGGUGAUUCGUCAAUUCGUCAAUUUCUUAUAAACAAAAUACAUGAUUAUGAGAAAAAAGGGUACGUACAUAAGUUGAACGAAAACGAAAUAAAAUAUAGCGCUAGGUCUUGGUAUCUCCCUAUAUUUACUGUUCUCAAUGCCAAUAAAAAGAAAACUCGAUUGGUUUGGGAUGCUGCAGCAAGGGUAAAGGGUGUCGGGCUCAAUGAUAUGUUGCUGAAAGGGCCCGAUCUACUAAAGUCUCUACUAGGGGUACUGCUCCGAUUUCGCGAACGACGUUUCGCAGUUUGUGGAGAUAUACGCGAAAUGUUCCACCAGAUUAAAAUUAUAAAAGAAGAUCAAGUGGCGCAAAAAUUUCUUUGGCGAAACGAUGGCUCGACUCGCGACUAUGAUAUCUACGUGAUUAGGGUUAUGACAUUCGGCGCUUCGUGCUCGCCUUCCUUGGCGAACUACAUAAAAAAUCGUAACGCUCACCGAUUUGCUGAUCUUCAUCCCGACGCCGAACAGGCCAUCGUUAGUAACACAUUUGUUGACGAUUGGCUUCAGAGUGCAGACUCUGAAAAUGAAUUGGCUCGUCUAGCAACUGAAGUUCGUUGGGUUCAUCAGGAGGGCGGAUUCCAAAUGAGAAACUGGAAAUCUAAUUCCAAACACGUACUAUUUUCAUUAGAUGCUGACGACGUUCCAGACGCCAAAUGUUUUGAAGAGCCAGAAGCCGUUAUAGAAAAGGUACUAGGGAUGUGGUGGCUGCCAGUUUCGGAUGAGUUAACAUACAUUGAAAAUUUUCCAAAGGAAGUUUUUAAUGAAAAUACGAUCGUGUCGAAGCGACAAAUUUUGCGCACAAUAAUGACGAUUUUCGAUCCUAUGGGUUUGCUCGGUUUUGUCAUUGUACAGGCAAAAAUUAUUUUACAAGAUGUCUGGCGCUCCGGAGUAGGUUGGGAUGAACCGAUUAAAGAAGAAGAACGUUGCAACUGGUUUCGUUGGGUAAAACGCAUUCCUGCGAUCAACGGCAUAAAAAUUCCCCGUUGCCUUUCACUUGCCAGCGAAAACCAAAAUAAUCAGUUGCACAUUUUUGUAGAUGCAAGCAUAAAAGCCUACGCUGCGGUGGCCUACAUCCGGUCAGAAGUAGGUUCGCAAAUAUCUUGUUCACUUUUGGCUUCGAAAACUCGCGUUGCGCCAUUGAAGCCCAUUUCCAUACCCAGGUUGGAGCUGUUAGCUGCUGUUUUGGGACUUAGGCUGGCAAAUGUUCUUAGCUAUGAACUGUCCAUUACAGUAAAUCGCAGAGUAUUCUGGACAGACUCCAAAAAUGUGUUGUUUUGGCUGCGUUCGAGCACAAGAAAAUACCAUCAAUUCGUGGCGCUGAGAAUCGGAGAGAUCCUCGAGAGUUCUGCUGUUAGGGAAUGGAGGUGGCUGCCAUCUGGUGAGAAUAUUGCGGACGAAGGCACUAAAUGGAGCAGCAACCGAGAAUUCGACGACAACCAACGCUGGUUCAGUGGACCUAAAUUCCUACUAGAACGAGAAUCAAGCUGGCCAAUUAUACAAUUUCCAGAUGAUGACGAAGAGACAGUUGAGGUUCUACAGCAUAUAGAUUUCGCUAACAACUCAUUGGGUACGACCGCAGAAAUAACCCCGGAUGUAAAAAGAUUUAGUACAUGGGAGAAGCUUCGCAGUGCGCAUCGAUUUGUUUUACGUUUUCUACGAUUGGUUACGAAGGGAAAGCCACGUUCUCAGUUUCUUCAAAAGCUACUCAACCCAGACAACAUAGAGACAGCAGAGCUUGCAAUUAUGCUUAAUUGUCAAAGCGAGGUGUUCCAUGAAGAGAUCUGUCGUCUGCGUAAUGGUGAGGAAAUUAAUCGAAAAUCUUUUCUUUUCAAGUUCUCCCCAUACUUAGACCAGAUUGGCCUGCUGCGAGUAAAAGGUAGAAUUGAUGCUGCUGAGGGUGUUGCCAUUAAUGUCAAGCGUCCAAUAAUCCUGCCACGCAAGCACGAAGUAACGCGACUACUCGUCGACUUCUAUCACAGGAAAUUUCACCACCAUCACAACGAGAUCGUCGUCAACGAGAUGAGGCAAAGGUUCUGCAUCUCCGCCUUAAGAAGGCUGGUAAAAGAAUGUGCUGCAAAAUGUCAAACCUGCCGGAAUCGUAGGGCUUCUCCACAACCUCCUCAAAUGGGAGAUCUGCCAAUGGAACGUGUGUCACCUUUUACCAGGCCGUUCACCUUUACAGGGGUUGACUAUUUCGGACCAAUGGACGUUGUAAUUGGCAGCAGGCGUGAAAAGCGGUGGGGUGCUUUAUUCACAUGCCUUACCACCCGCGCAGUUCACAUUGAAAUCUCACCUACUUUAUCUACCGAGUCGUUUUUGCUGAUUUUUAAACAAUUUGUGAGUCGCCGUGGAGUACCGAAGCGAAUUAUAUCGGACAACGGCACCAAUUUUCGCGGUGCUAGUGUACUUCUAGUAAAAGAAAUUGAAAGAAUAUCGUCGGAUGAUAUAGAAAGGAAAUACCCUGAAAUUGAAUGGAUUUUUAUUCCCCCCGCUUCACCACAUAUGGGAGGGUCAUGGGAGCGCAUGAUACGUUCUACGAAAUCGAUUCUAAUGGACAUUCUACCAGAUUCCGGUAUGCGAGAGGAGGUGUUAAGAGCCGUUCUAGCCGACAUCGAAAACAUUUAA